UCUUAAAUCAGGAAAUAUAUUAAUAUUUAUAAUCUUUUACUGCUGCAUUAUAAAUAUUAUUUAUUAGCAAAAUCUGAUCCGUCAGGUGAUAUUCACAGCUGUAAUAUUUAAUCCAUUAUAUCACUUCCUGUGCAUGUUAUUGGUUGCAUUUAUUGUCACAGAUCAUAAAACGUUUGUUCACAUUAAUUCAGACGUGGAUAAAGAUUUUGAAAAGGUUUAAAUUUUAAAUGAUCUGCUGCAGCGUGACGCUGGCUGGGGUGGGGGGGUCAUUUCUCCUUGGGAGCCUGCUCACUGCUCCUUGGCUAAUUUUAACCUGCCACCUCAAAGCGCAGACCUGAUAGCAACGUUAUAAAACCAAGGAGACAAACCGACACGUCUGGCCGGCGAUUUGGAUAGAAAAAUCAGUCAAAUAUGAGUCACCGUUCUCGUGGCUCCAGGGUCCGGCAGCAUCUCCACUGUGACUCCUGCUACAGCCGGCGCUGCAGGGCUCGGGUGGAGCCUUCUGCCAGCUGCGCUCUCCUUCCCUGCCGUCUGCUUUGCGGAGCGGUUUUCCACCUGUGCAAGGAGGAGGAGCACCUGCUGCUGUGCCCCAACGUGAGGGUGCCGUGCCUCAACGCCCAGUACGGCUGCCCGGUCCAGCUGCCCCGCUCCUCGCGGGCGGCUCACCUGCAGGUGUGUCCGGCCAGCGUGGUUUGCUGCUCCAUGGAGUGGCUGCGCUGGCCGGUGGAUGACACAAACCCAAAUAACUUCAACGCCAUGCAGGACAACAUGAUGAAGGAAAGGGAGACGCACGGCGAGGCUUUGGAUGUUGCUAUGGCUCUAGUUGACCAGUCAGACUUGUACGCCCGCCUCAAAAUGAAGCCUCUGUAUCCAGAGCUUAUGGAGCAAGAAGAAGAGGAGGAUAUAAAGGAGGAGAGCAGAGAGGAGGUCGCAGUCGGAGGUGUUCAAGACCAAAACCCAAGUGAAGCUCUUCCUAUAAGCAGCAUGUCUGAAAGUCAUGCUGCAGAAGAAACUGCUCAGAGUGUUGCACAACCUCCAGUGAUCAACAUGGAGAAGUACAAUCUGUUUGAGAUGAUGUUCAGCAUGGAGAGAGGCGCCUGCGCCGUCGCUCAGGAGAAUUUGGAAAAUCCAAAACAAAAACAAAAACCAGCCGACAAGGGAAGAAGCCAGAAGGGACCAGCAGGACAGCGGCAGGACAAAUCCAGUCCCAGAAGCUGCCCUCCACCUGACACCAGCAAGACGGGCCUGGCCCCGUGGCAGGAGGGGGUUCUGGAGCGUCUGGGGCAGGAGCUCACCCCCCAGGAGUACAACAUGUACGUGGUGCAUCACGGACGCAUGCUGCUGGCCUUCGGGCAGAUUGAGGCCUGCACUUCCAGGGAGAAGGACUUUGUCUACGGCAGUCUGGAGCCCAUUCCAGUCCAGACGCUGCACUCUUUCAAGGUGCCUGUGAGUUAUCGUUACAAGAGGCGGGUUCAUCUGAACGAGACGGCUGCUCGGGUGCAGACUGAGCAUCGAAGCGUGGACACAUCAGACCUGGGAGCUGGUGAGGAUGACUGGUUUGGAGAUGAAGCCGAAGAAACGCUGCUGGGCUACGCUGAGAUGGCAGUCAUGGGCCACAAGAUCAGUGAGACAAAGGGAGCAGACGGGCUGUAUGUGGACUUUGGCACGCAGACGCACUCUUUCCGCACGGCGCCCUUCAAGCGGAGGACGACCUUGGCGGACGUGAUGGUGGACCGGCCGCUGAAGCUUCUUCUGCAGCUUCAGGCGGAAACCGUGAACAGCAGGAACAACAGAGCCAGCUGUGCGUUCACGUUCCUCUGCGGUCACACCUUCCACCGCAGAGAGUUCGCCACACACUUCAGGAAUGUGCACAGCGACAUCCAGAUGUGUCUGAGUGAAUGGUUUGAGCAGCAGUGCCCCCUGGCGUACCUGGGAUGCACCUACAGGCAGAGGAGGUUUCAUCCCUCCACACAGAAAGCCACCGUCACCUACAAUCAGCAGCUGAGGUGUUUCAACUUGCGUCCAGACGUUCUUCCCUCUCUGGACGGCAAAGCUGGAGACGGGGAGGACCGUCUGAGCUCGCUGCCCUACGAGGUGCUGUGCCACAUGGCCAGCUUCCUGGACAGCCAGUCCCUGUCCCAGCUGGCCCUGGUGUCCCGCCUCAUGAGGCAGGUCUGCUCCUCCCUGCUGCAGGACAGAGGGAUGGUGACGCUCCGCUGGGAGAGGACCAGCUCCUCACACGGGAGAGCCAAGUGGAAGUCCAAACCUGUGUGGGAGUUCAGUCAUCUGUUCUCUGCUGUGGAUUCAUGGAACAUGGCCGACAUACCUCCGAUUUCUGCUCAUCUGAAAGUCUGUCCUUACUAUCAGAAAACUGAGCAGAAGGAACGGGUUGCUCUCCCCUUCCUUACUGAAAAACAGCAGAAGAGUCCGUAGGGUCAGAGUCUCCUCAAACACUUUACAGGACGAAGAUGACAGCAGUGAAGAAGAACCUCUGCUUGUUGUGUUUAACUUAAACCGAUUUAUAUUCAGAUGUUGCAUUGCAUUUAAGAUAUGUUUUAGUUUUAUCUUGUGAGAAUCUCCGAACUCAUGCGCACAGCGCUGGAUGGCAAAAAGACGAACAUUUCCGUCAAUUAAAUGAGACAUGGAGAUGUAGGUAUUAUUAAUUUAAUGCUAUGCGACACAGCAAAGGUUGCAUAGCACUAAGCUAAGCUAAACUCCUUGUGUUUUCCUAAGUCUUGGUAGUUUUAGUGUUUUCUCUCUUUGUGGCAGAAUGUUCUGCGUUGAGGAACUCGGUGAAUUGAGGAGUAGGGUUUCAGUCCUCACAACAAGAUGUUUUUGUCAAUUUAAUGAUACCGAGUAUGUGGAAAAGUUUCUACUUCCUGUUCCAUAAAGAACAUGGAUGAGGAGUUUAGUUUACUUAAGAAGAAGUUGGCAGAGUCCUGACCUGAACCCAAUAAAACUCUUAUGCAGUGAGUAAGAAUGGAAGACGUGAGCGAGGCCUGGUUGUCCAACAUCAGUGUCUGACCUCACAAAUGUGCCUCUGGAAAAAUGGUCAGAAAAACUGUGGAAAAUCUUCCCAGAGGAGUUGAAGCUGUUGCAAAAGGUUGGGCUGGGAUAAUUUUAAUCCUUAUAAGACCAGGAUAUUUUAUGUUCAGAUAUGAGUGAAUAUUUUUUGGUAUUUGUGUGUAAUAAAAAGCUGUAAUGUUUUGUUUGAAAUCUUAAAAAUAAAAAGGCCUUUUCUUUAACUGUGAAAUGUCCAACAUGUUUUCAAAUCAAAGUCAGACUCAUGUCUGCAUAAUAAAGCCCCUCCUCCUUGU